AAUUGUUAGGAUUCUCUAUUCCGACACGAUUCCAUCACCAGAGCACAUAUCCAAUAACCCAACAACUCAACAUUCAUUCACAACCCAUUCUAUAAUUCGACAAAAAAAACGUGAGGUCAAACCAAUCCAUCUGAUUCGACUGGUGAUGGCGUUGAACGUGCAUUCCACAACAACAGCAGCAUGCUAACAACAGGGAUCUUGUCGCUAAACAUUCACGAUUCCCUGACAUUCGAGGGAACCGAGCUCUGCCUGAAUCCGGAUCUCUUUGCGGUAUCGGAGCAUGGUAUUGGGUCGGCGCUGAGAGGCAUUGGGGCUUCGUCGAUUGGGUCGGGGAAUAGCACUGGGACGUCAAAUCAUUCUUCGAACGGAAUAUCGGUCGGAGACAUCAUUGAGAUCCGCGUCUGGGAUCCUUUGCCCAAGGAAGCCGGGAUGAAGAGCCCUKAGUCUGUGUCCAGCAUGAGGAAGCGCUAUCAGCAAGCACCAACUCUUCUGACCCCCACUGGGAAUCUGCAGGGACAGGUGUCACUCGGCAAAGAUGCCGGUGGAAUGCCGGCUGAUCCGGGUGGCGCCGUUCCGUCACUGCGGGCCCGAACCACGGUCUAUCCAAACAACCCUAUGCUGCAGCAAUCGGGCUCUAUGGAUCCACUCGUCAAUAGCGAUGGCCAGAGAAGUAUGAACUCAUCACCGAAAAGCUCCUCCCAUCAGCUUAGUAGACGGUUGUCCUUUGAUCCAACCUUGAACGACGGAGAAACGUCUCCGUCGACUCCUACUCCCAGUUCAGCAAACAAUACAACUUCCGGUGCCGUAAACCAGACGGAGCUAUUGUUUCCACAGCGUCUGCCCCCCGUCUUUCCUCGGAAUCGAUUGGGUACGGCAGACCUGCAUCCAAUUUCGACCAGCAAGCCACCGAAACCUCAAACAACAACGCACCGGCGUGCCUCUUCCACGGCGGGUGCAUUGCAAACACCGCAGCGAUCGCCAAAGCAACAGCACCAGAAACAGAACCAGCAAAACAAUUUUCUGGGGGCAGCUACAACCGGCGGGCACCGCAGAGACAUAUCUGACAUGACCGCGGACACCACGUACCAACUCGACAACAUAAUCAACGACGUCAUGAACGUGAGCCGAACCGAUAGCCCUGAUACAACCGUCGACGAGGGCGCCAUUGCAGAAAGCUACCACAACGAUAUGUUGUCUAAAAUAACAUCGGGGCAUCGAUUGCGACUGUCUUUUGUUCUGAAAGUAAUGGAAAAAACCCUCACCUCGUUCAAGGGAAACAGCCGCACCCAGAUAUCCGUCCUUCGACGGGUGGCCGAUUUGUACAACCUCUCCAACUACGACCUGGUAACGGUCCACAAGAUCGAGCCACAAGACGAGGAGGAGGUCCUGAAAGCCGUUUCUGCUGACUUCGUUGUCGUUACCAUCAAGGACCAGUUCAUUUCAAGGGGCGAUAUGCUCUUGUUUCAGACCAAGCUUAUCGGAUCAUGGAUCUAUGAGGGCCAACGAUUGACCGAGCCGACACGGGGCAUCAAGGCCCACGCCCGGGAGAUCCGACACGGAAAUUUUUCCGCAAAGUCGGGCAUCGUGACGGAAAAGACAAAUAUCACGUUCCGAAGCCGGUCGGCGAGGAUUGUGUGGCUGGUCCAGUUAUCGUCGGAAAUGUGGGACUAUUCGUCGCCCUACGAUCGACAAUACGAACAAGAAUCGGUCUGUGAAAUCUAUUUCGAUCAGUGGAUUCGGUUUCUGUACAAGCUUUUCAAGAAAUGGAAACAACUAGAGGUACGUUCGCUGUACUUGGUGGAGUGGGCUCUGGGAUUUUGUACAAAACCAAAACCAAAACCAAACCGCACCAAUUUUUCAAUACACCUACUCUAAUCCAGCAUGACCAAAACUUUUAUUGACACUCUUCUGCUUUUAAAAGGUUUCUCAUUCGCUUACAGUUAUAUUUUUCGCAAGGACAUUUCUAUCAAAAGGCCUGAAGUCAAAUCUGGAUUGUCAAGACGUAUACGGGAGAAGAUUUGAAGACCAUUACAAACCCGUCAUCGAAAACGAGACGUGUAUAGAUUGGACUUCGCUCAUUGUCCGUAUCAAGGAAGAAUUUACGAAAUAUCCGUUGGAAGUCGGGUGGAAUCUUAAUAACAGAACACCAUCUUGCGCCAGCCAAGGCAAUUUACUGGAAGCGAUCAACGUGGUUUUGAAUCUUAUGCAGUACCAUUACUUGGACCGUGAUCUCCACAGAACGGGUCAAUCUAUAGUUAUUGUGUCACCCGGUUGUGGUGUUUUUGAGGUCGAUAAGGGACUAGCAGGUAUCACCUAUCAGCGAAUGCUGGACAAUGGGAUCGGCAGUGAUAUGCUUAGUCUAGGGUUGCCCCCUUUGCAUAUUGCACCGUUUUUCCUAUACAAUGUAAGUUCAACCAGUUCUUGCUGAUAAGGGCUGAUUACUUGAGAACUAUGAUUCGAAUGCUUACACUUUUUUCGUAAAGAAUGAAUAUCGUACAGCCGAGACUCACGGUAUAAAUGCAAGUGAAACGUAUUAUGAAGUACCACAUUGGAUGCAUCUUUCUUUUGUAAUUUACGACCGGCCCGAAGAAAAACGAGUCUAUCUUAGUGGUCUUGAAGAGAAGAAAGCACCAGUUCAGGCGGGCCAUUGGCUAGAUGCUUAUGACAUAGGCGCAAAGGGAUUCCUCUUUCCUCAGAAUUUCGAUCAGGCAAAUAUUGAAAGUCCUGUUCUAAAAUCGAAGACAGCAUUUACUUCCAGCUUCUCAGCAGUAGGAAAUAUGGCGGCGACACCAGGAAAGGCAAAAUUAGUUCAAGAACAAGGACAGGCUCGCCAACUCAUCUCGGGUAGAAAGUUCAGAGACAUACUAGAAGCAUGUAGACCACGAGUGGUGGGAGCAGUGAUGCCCUCAUCACUGAAAAGUCUCCUAGAGUUGAGGGGCAUUGCCACAGGGAACGAAGCAGGAAAAAGUAAGAAAUUGUCCAGCGAGAAGAAGGACAGUCGGCUUCGUGAGUGGGGAACAGUGGAUUUCAACGAUCACGUCUUGCAUUCAAGACUAAAGGCGAAGAUGGGAAAGAGUCCAAUUGCCAAAAGAACACUUCGUAGUGAAUCUAUUCUCAAAUCCGAUAGGUCGUACAAUAGUGAUGAUGGAUCAGCUUCUUCGAGUCUAGGGAGCAUAUCAGUGUCAAGCGCAUACGGAACAUCAUUCGAUAGAGUGUUUUGGGAAUACUAUGAAACACCAGAAAUGCCAGUAAAGGCAUUACAAAUGCAAAGAUCGGCCUCCAUAGAUUAUGACGAACUCGGCAAAAGUUUUGUCAUAGAUGGCGGCCCUGAAACAAAUGAUGAUUCUACAACAGUAUCAGAUAGCGUUUCAAAAAGUUCAGUAGGUGGCGAUAGCGAAACGAAUCUAUCCGUUAAAUCAAAAAAUGAAAGGCACGUAGAACAGCUGAAGAAAAUAAUGGAUACUUACAAUGCAAUGGUAUGUCAACCGCCUCUUGAAGAUAGUAAUGACUUCGACUCGGCAAUACAUACGACCGAACCAGAGCCUGUUAGUACCACGAAAACUGGAGUGCUAAUGCAAUCGAUGUAAGUUGAACCAAACAGAAAUGUUUUGUUGUUGUAACAGUAUUUAAUACUUUCAUGAUGAUCAAAUUUCUGAUAGGACAUAUCAUUUUCUAUUAUUUCCAGUCGACAAAAAGUCCAAGACCUAGAAUCUUCAGGCGGGCUUGGAGCUGCGCUAUCCCAGUAUACUGUAAACGAGCCCGGAUCAGUUAUUCCUGAACGUCCUUCGACUUUACUUACAAGGCGAGGAAGUGGUGGUCUUUAUCCACCGGGUUCUAACAGGACAUCAAUAUUUAAUAAUGAGCGUAGGCGUGC